UCGCUUCCUUUUCCGUCUCUGGAGACGUCACAACAGUGUGUCACGUGGCUCUGGACGUUGUCAAAUAAAAAUUUGCGCGGGGAAGCUGCGUUAGCUAAGUUAUAAUAAGAAAAUAGUUGAUGAUUUAUCAGAACGGCAUACGACAUUGUGCUGGCUAAACAUGUCUAAGCGAGAGGCAUUUUUAGACUCCGUCUGCAAAGACAAUGUGGGGGAAUUUCUCAAUUUUACUAAACUCCAUAAGGACACGGCUGAGCCCUUUGACCUAGACGAGGUCCUGCAGGAGCUGCCAAAGGGCCAGAGAGAGGCACUGUGGGCCCGACUAGUCACACUACUUUGUGACCAGCUGGCAGCCUUCGCACCAGAGCACUGGGAUGCUGGCUUAGAGGAGGACAAUGACAUGGAGGUGGUGUCCCCAGACCGGACACGCACCAUGUCUGUCCUUGAGGGAGUGACUCUAGUGGUCAAAGCUUCUGUGGAUGUCAUUGAGGAUGGCGACACCUACAAUUCUCUCUUAGAGUGUGGCAACAUAUUAAAUGGUGUCCUGCCUUACCUUCCUGCCUCUGAGAUGCUUCUGCGGCAGGCUAUCCACGGUCUGUGCGAGGCCUGGUGGAAGAAAGGCCUCCUUGGUAAAGAAGCGCUGGGCCGCACAGCCUUCCUUGGAAGCCUGGAGAAGACCCUCAUCCUGAAGAAACCAGGGGCUGAGAUCCAAAGGCUUUGGGGUUUCCAUGAGGUGCUGUUCACUGUGGAUUUUGCGUCAGAAUGCAGCAAGGAGCUGAUCGAUCUGCUGCUACAGUGCUUCCUCAGUGUCAAUCACAUUAAAAACGAAGAUGGAAAGCGUCUGAUGGUCUUCCUCUUUAGCUGGAAUGUCAACUUCAUCCCGAUGAUCCAUGGAACCAUCAAAAACCAGCUACCUUACUUUGCAAAGCCCCACACUGACCACAUAGCUGAGAUCUACUGCCGGGCCUGGAAGAAGGCUUCUGGGGUCUGUCUGGAGCAGAUAGAGAGCAUGUGCAUCCAGGACCUCAUGCAGCACGCUGUGCUCCUGCACAGGACCUCGCCCGUCCAUGCCAAAGUCAGACAGAUACUGAGCUACUUUCACAAACGGAAGGGCCGCCAUGGGUUGGAUGAGAUGCUUUACAGACUCUACAAGCCCAUUCUCUGGAGAGCGCUAAGCGCUGCCAACUCUGAGGUCCGGGCCAAUGCCACUCUGCUCUUCACCGAGGCCUUCCCUAUCCACAAUCCUAGCCAGAACAGUGAGAAGAUGGACGAGACCAUCCAGAAACAACUGGACACGCUGGUCCGCCUGCUAGAGGACCCUCAGCCUCUGGUGCGCUCCACAGCCACCCUCGGGGUCUGUAAGAUCCUGGCCAAGUGCUGGGAGGUCAUCCCCCCCACUGUCAUCACCGACUUCCUCAAGAAGCUUGUGGUAGAGCUGGCCAAUGAUACCACCUCCCCCGAUGUCCGCUGCUCCGUCUUCAAGUGUUUGACCAUCGUGCUGGACAAUGGCCACAGUCACCCGUUGCUGGAGCAGCUGCUGCCAGCUCUGAAGAACAGCCUCCAUGACACCUCGGAGAAAGUACGCGUGGCCUUCCUCAACAUGCUGCUCAAGAUCAAAGCAGUGCGAGCCGCCAAGUUCUGGAAGGUGUCCUCCAUGGAUCACCUGCUGGCCCGUCUGGCCGUCGACUCGCAGCCUGUCUCCAAGCGCAUCGUCAACCUCCUCUUCAAUUCCUUCUUCCCCGUCAACCAAUCAGUGGAGGUGUGGUGCGAGCGCUGCGUCACUCUGAUUCAGAUGAACCCCAAGGCAGCUCGGACUUUCUACCAGUAUGCCCACAUCUACACAGCCCCCACUAACAUAGUCAAGCUGAUGCUGACAAUCCGCCGGUGUUUGAAUGCCUGCAUCCAGACUGAAGACCUGAAUGAGACAAACUCAAACAAGGAGAACACAAGUGUUCUGGAGCAUGUCCUGUCGGUCAAGGACACGGCGGCCAUGGCCAGUCUGCUGGAGGUGGUGGUGAUCUUGUGGAGGAGCAUCCGGAAAGCCCUGGAGCUCAACAAGGACGCCCUCCAGUACACCACUGCCAAGUUUGGCUCCGUUGUGCCCAAGUACUUCAAUGUCUUCCAGGAGGAGCGUUGCACAGUUCCCCUCAUCCAACUGGCCUCCCUACUGCCCCCAGCUUCUGUCCCCACUUUCAGCUGUGGGGUGCUGUCCAGGCUGAAGAGGCUGGAGGCGGGGGCCAAGGUGUCCCAGUACAGUCAGAUCAUCGAGUGCCUGUGUAGCUGGGGCCAGGCUGCACACGUCCUGGAGCUCAUCACAGACUGGCUCACUGAUGCCUUACCCACCCCCGCUGGCAAAGGGAACACCAGUCGGAAAGUGCGCAUCCAGGAGACGGUGGAGGCCAAGCCAAACCUGGGGCUAGAUUACCUGGAGUACCUGGUCAGCCGUACCUCCACGCGGGACUGCAUCCUGCCCUUCAGGCAGGGCCAGCUCAAACAGCUGCACAAAGCCCUCGGGGCCUGGAAGUCAGUGCUGUUAUCCCAUAUGAGCUCUUCUGAGGCCCAGGCCAAUGUACCCAGAGCAGAAACGGCACUAAGAGCAUUUGCCCUUCACGCACGUCUCAGUGCCCAUCUACAGCACAAAUUCUCGGAGGGGAGGGAUUUCCUUGUCCCUGUGGAGAACAUGGCAGCGUGGGUGGCAGAGAGGGUGCUGCCCUUCCUGGUCGGCCCCAGUGAGGGAGGGGUCACUGAGCAGCAGCGGGACCUCGCCAGGCAGGUAGUAGAGUGUUUACUGGCGGUGAGCAAAGAUGUGAUCCGGGUGGGCCUUGGGGACGAGGAGUUCAAAGGGCAGGUCCUUCACCUGUGCUCCAUCGUGCUCCUCUCUGAGAAGGGCUACCUGUGUGUUCCUCUGCUGCUCUCUGUGCUGACGGAGGUGGCGGAGAACUACGUCCCCGAGAACCAGGCCCAGGACAACCAGUCCUCCAUCAUCCUCACCGUGGUCACCAACGUCUUCCAGAAGAUCCUGGAGGUUAUGGCUCGCCGCCUGAGGAAGGACCCCGUGGAGGGCCAGGAGCUGUGGCACUUGGCUGUUACCGCUCUAGGAGACUUCCUCCAGGUGGUUCAGGCUUGGUCGGGCAUCGACUCCAACCCCCUAAACGGGGUGUUUUCAACCGUCUGUGCUGCCACCCUCGCAGCGACCCAACACUCCCUGCAAAAGAUUUCACAUCCUCAAGAGGUCAUAACACCAGAGACGGUCCAGGAUUUGCCUCCUCUCUCAAGCAUCUUGUUGACCGUUCUCCUCAAAUCGCCCCCGGUCACAAGAGCCUUUCUGGCAGAGAUCAUCUCAACUGUCGACUCAGAGGUCAUUGAUGGUCUGACCGGAUUGGCUGCAGUUCUUCACAUUCUGGCAGUUGUCAGACAGACUGGGAAGUUUAAGGCUGAUCUGAAGAGUUCAGCCGUGUCCGUCGACAGACAGCUUCAGAAACAUUACGCUGUCACGGCUGAGGACGAAGGUCACAUCCAGAGGGUAAUCUACGAAUCUGCUAUCAACACUUUGAAUGAGAUUCUGAUGCCAUGCCCAUGAAGCGUCAAGAGAACCUCAUUUACACAUUUAACAUUUACUAAUUAUUUCUUGGUUGCCAGUGUCAGCUAUUCUUCUAUUCUGUUGUUUCUAUGCAAUCAUGGUGUAUGCAGCAUGACUUGUAUUUGCGCUUUUGAUUUAUGUAUUGCGUCAGUAUACUCUAUGCUGCAUAAACUGAACUGUGUGUAACAUUGCUAAGUAACAGCUAAAAAUACAUUUGAAAUGUGAGUUUCAACCAUGUCUUUGUGGAUUCUCUCUAAAAGCCUCUGCAAAUCACUUACACUGCCACAUGUUUUAGUUUAACUUAUAGUACAUAUUUGCACAAUUCUAUUGAAGGAAAUAUAGUUUAUGUUUAGUUAUGGUCCACCACUGGCAGAGAAGGUUAGUUUCUGUGGCUAAGGAGGAAGGACAAGAAUGAAGAACUAAAGGGCAGCUGCAGGGGAUGACAGGCAGACGUCCCUGCCACUGCUCCGCCACCAGGAGACGUAUCAGGAUAAGGAGAGGAACAUUGAGGAGUGGUGGUCCCCGGGUGAUGACCCUCUAGCUGGUUUACAGGCACCGCUGGAGGUGCGACAGGCAGAGAUGCCCAGCAGAAGGUUACCACCUAUCUACCUGUAUAUAGUAUGUAUAUCAUAUUGUAGUGAAUUCAAGGCAUAUCCCCGACUGGGACUCGAACCCAUCAACUGUCAAGCCAACACCUUAACCGUUUUGCCAAGAGGUCCGAACUGCUUGAUGAAGUCGCAAGGGGUUGUGUUAAGGUUGCUACAAUAUGCGCUUCUUGUUUGAACAAUUUAUUGAUGGAAAUGUAGUUUGUAUGCUUUUAGUUAUGUUCUAUCCAACACAAACACUCCAGACAUUUCAUUGAUGUAUGAACUCUGUAUAAACUUGACUAGCCAUGCUAUAGUAUGGUAUUUUAGAAUUAUCCUGCCACUGUUUAUACAGCCUUACAAUAAAGUGAUAUAUUAACUUGUU